ACACCUUCCCUUCCUCCUCACUAUAUAGAUAGAGCCUUCAGCUCCUCACCAUUCGCCCAGUCCUUGCUUCUCUCUUUUUUCUCUUUUUCUCCUGCUGACUCUUUCUUAUAAGAGGAAGCCUCUUACAAGUGGUGGGUUUAUCAGAAGUUCUCACUAAUAAACCUACCGACAUUGCUAUUUCCCCCCUCUUUUUUCUCAAGUAGUUGCUGCUGCAGAACAGAUCUGUCUCUGUUCUUUUGCUCAUACGCUGCAUUUGGGUUCAUUUUCUUGGCUGAAAUCCCUUUUGUUUAUUCUCUCCAUGGAGAAGCAUUUUAGGCUCAUUUCAAUGACCCCUCUGUUUCUGCUCCUGUGUUUCCCGUUUGCUUUUGCUGGUCAUGACUAUGGCCAAGCUCUGAGUAAGAGCAUUCUAUUCUUUGAAGCUCAAAGAUCUGGUUACCUUCCCCAUAAUCAGAGAGUCACUUGGAGAGCUAAUUCUGGGCUAAAUGAUGGCAAGGCCAGUGGGGUGGAUCUCGUUGGUGGGUAUUAUGAUGCAGGGGACAAUGUGAAGUUUGGGCUGCCAAUGGCGUUCACCAUUACAAUGAUGUCGUGGGGCAUAAUAGAGUACGGGAAACAAAUGGCUGCCAGUGGUGAACUUGGCCAUGCCAUGGCUGCCGUUAAGUGGGGAACCGACUACCUUAUUAAAGCUCACCCUGAACCCAACGUUCUCUAUGGAGAGGUGGGAGAUGGGAACAGCGACCAUUACUGCUGGCAAAGACCGGAGGAUAUGACUACCGACCGCAGGGCUUACAGGAUCGACCCAAGCAAUCCUGGGUCGGAUCUCGCCGGUGAAACAGCCGCCGCCAUGGCUGCCGCAUCCAUCGUAUUCCGUCGCUCUAACCCUGCCUACGCCAAUGAGCUCCUUGGCCACGCCCAUCAGCUAUUCUAUUUUGCAAACAAGUACAGGGGCAAAUAUGACAGCAGCAUUACCGUUGCCCAGAAGUAUUAUCGCUCCAUUAGUGGAUACAAUGAUGAGUUGCUAUGGGCUGCUGCCUGGUUGUAUCAGGCAACUAAUAAUCAUUACUACUUGAGCUACCUUGGGGAAAAUGGUGACUCAAUGGGUGGAACUGGAUGGGGCAUGACUGAAUUUGGCUGGGAUGUCAAGUAUGCUGGGGUUCAAACUCUUGUUGCCAAGUUCCUGAUGCAAGGCAAAGCUGGACACUAUGCACCAGUUUUUGAGAGGUACCAACAGAAGGCUGAGUACUUCAUGUGUUCAUGCCUUGGAAAGGGUAGCAGGAAUGUUCAGAAAACUCCCGGCGGUCUACUUUUCCGCCAGAGGUGGAAUAAUAUGCAGUUUGUCACAAGCGCAUCCUUCUUGGCCACUGUCUAUUCUGACUAUCUUGCUUCUGCUGGUAGAAGCAUCAAGUGUGCUUCUGGCGUUGUUGCCCCAUCAGAGCUUCUUUCUUUUGCCAAAUCUCAGGUGGAUUACAUUCUUGGAGACAACCCAAGAGCUACAAGUUACAUGGUGGGUUAUGGAAACAACUAUCCGCGACAAGUUCACCACCGGGCUUCCUCAAUUGUUUCCAUUAAGGUUAAUCCUUCAUUUGUCAGCUGCAGAGGUGGUUAUGCCACUUGGUUUAGCAGGAAAGCAAGUGAUCCUAAUGUCCUUGCUGGUGCUAUUGUUGGUGGCCCUGAUGCCUAUGACAAUUUUGCCGAUGAAAGAGACAAUUAUGAGCAAACAGAGCCUGCUACCUACAACAAUGCUCCUAUUCUUGGUAUAUUGGCACGCCUAAAUGGUGGCCAUGGGGGUUACAACCAGUUGCUUCCAGUGGUGGUUCCAGCUCCUACCCAUCAGAAACCAGCAUCACAUCCAAAAAUAACUCCAGCUCCAGCUUCAAAUUCUGCUCCUAUUUCCGUAGAGCAGAAGAUGACAACUUCAUGGAACGCCAAGGGAAGAACUUACUACAGAUAUUCCACCAUAGUUACCAACAAAUCUGCCAAGACUUUGACAGAUCUCAAGCUCUCAAUAUCUAAGCUUUAUGGUCCUAUAUGGGGUCUCACAAAGUCUGGAGAUUCUUAUGCUUUUCCAUCAUGGCUUGAAUCUUUACCUGCUGGAAAAAGUCUCGAGUUUGUUUAUAUCCAUGCGGCCUCUGCUGCAGAUGUCUCAGUUUCAAGCUACGAUUUAGCCUGAACAAGGAAAAAAAGCGAUUACAGAAACGAGAAAGAGGUUGGCAUAACUUCUGGGGUUGUAAUGUAAGAAUUGUGCAGCUAUACAGAAAAUGCAUUCCAGAAAGGUCUUUUUUUUUCGCCCUUUUUUUACACUUUAAUUUCCUUCUUCAUUUGGGAUUUUCAGCUUGUUGAUUUGGUAUCUGAUUAGGGUUCAGAGAUUUGAGGUUUAAUAAGUUCGAAGGCUUGAGGACGAAAGGAGUGAAGAGACGAUAAAAAAAAGUGCUCAUCCUCUUUCUCCUCCACUUCCCUAGUUUAUAUAGAUAUGUCUGAGAAAGACUGUUAAAGAGUGCAUGUUGAGAAGCCACAAAGGCCGGCUUCUCAAUUAGAUUUCAGGAGUCCUUUUUUUUGUGUUCUUGGAACAGCUUUGGAUGUUCUUUUAGUGUAUUGUUGCAACCCAUGCAACAAAUUUAAACUUUCCAUAUGAAUAUAGCAUGUGGGCGUUACAUUA